GCAAGAACCGCCGCCGCCGCCGCCAUGAAGGUCCACCCCAUGCCCAGCAAGAAGAGGAACAUCACGGUCCAGUACGUGCCGAGGAGCGCCUCGAUCGAGGGGCAGGCCCUCGUGGGCGUCGUCCACAAGAAGCUGCGGCGGCUCCCUCACAUCUUCAGCCGCGUCCUGGAGCUGCCCUUCCGGGCGGACGCCGACGUGGAGGUGGAGGAAGGGCCCGGGUUCUUCCGCUUCGUGGCCGAGACCGACGGGAUCUGCUCCGACGUCAGGGCCCACACGGUGGAGAUCCACCCCGGGGUGACCAAGAUCGUGGUGAGGCCCAACGGCUCGCUCGAGCUGCUGUCCCUGGACCAGCUGGAGCUCGACAUGUGGCGGUUCCGCCUGCCCGAGUCGACCCGGCCGGAGCUCGCCAGCGCGGUGUGCGUCGACGGGGAGCUGAUCGUGACGGUGCCCAAGGGCGGCGAGGAGGGGGAGGAUGAGGAGUCGGUGGAGGGCGGCGGCGGCGGCGAUGGGGAUGUUUGGGGAGGAGGAAUGCUUCAAGUGAUGCUUAUCAUAUUCUAUCUGAAAUGAGUCCGAGUUGGUGCGUCACUUCAGUUAAUAAUAUGCAGACUCACAUUAUCUUAUAAGGCAUCUAUUGUAUUGCUUAUUAGUCUUCAUUAGCAUUUCUGCGGUUGAUCACUGUGUCCAAUUGGAUCUUGACGGCAGGGGGAGUUAUCCGACAAAACUUUAGCUACUUCUUUUAGGCCUCAUGUAGGGAACGAAGUUUCGACAAUCCUUACUUUGCAGCUGCUUAGUACUUAGAAGCUGCUGUUCUGGUUGUACAGCUAAUUUGCAAAUUUUUUGUAUGGUUUUGUUUGCA